UGACUUUGAAUUUGACCGUUGACGCUGUGCUUCUACUUCCGUACAACCGCAUCUGAUAUUCCUGCAUAAGAUAUCUAGUGGUGCGAUAGUUGUCCAACAAAGGGUUUACUCCCCAUGAUGUGUCCAAUCUAAUACAUUCAAUCAGUGAGAUGCGUGACAAUUGUUGUCGCAAGCGCUCAGGGUUGACCGAACUUUUCAUAUUUCAAAGACAAUCAACGAACAACCGAUAUCUCCGGGUUAGACCAGCCAUAUAAUUGCUUGGAUGGACCCCUCCCAUACCAUGUCGGACAUCCGGCUUUACUUAGUAGAGCACGAGAAAAGCAGAAAGGAGGCGUCCCAGAUCGCGAUCAGAACCGCAGAGAGGUUACAAUCCAAGGAACUCAAAUUAUUGGACCUUAUCGAGGCUCUAGGAGAGUUCCUCAACGAUAAUGAUCCGUCCGUUAGGGCAAAAGCGCUCGCAUAUCUGGCGGACGUGUUGGAAUCGGUGCCCCGUGGUACCGUGUCUCGCCAGCAAAGAGAACUGCUCGUACAUUUUCUCACGACUCGGAUUAACGGUGAUGCUGAAGGGCUCGGCGCUGCCGCCUGCGCGAAUGCGCUCAUGAAGAUAGAAGAGUUUGGGAAAUGGGACGCGGAAAGAGCUGCGGAGUGCAUGCAGACCAUCAUCCAAUCCCUUCAUCCGUUACGGCAGAUCAGACAGCAGUCAGAGCGAUACGCGGUUCUGAAAUUGAUAAACCUACUAAUAGCAGAGUACCGGGAAGCGAUUCACGGCCUCCAUCAAGCGUCCUCGGACUUCAUGCCAACGUUCAUCUCGCUGUUCGAGGGAGAAAAGGAUCCUAGGAACCUUAUGAUCGUGUUUUCGAUCCUCAAUGUGCCCUUCAGUGAAUGGGAGCUGGGAGCUUAUGCACAGGACGGGUUCGAAGCGGUAUUCAACUACUUCCCCAUUACCUUCCGUCCCCCUCCAGAUGAUCCUUACGGCAUAACCGCGCAAGAUCUGAAAGACAGACUUCGCGACUGCAUAGCCGCAUGCGGGAGCUUUGCGCCCUAUUCCUUCCCAGCGCUGCUCGAUAAGUUGGAUUCGUCAUCGCUGAAUACUAAGCGAGACACUCUUGCAGCGCUCCAUAGCUGCAUCUCCAACUACGGAACCAGGACCGUGUCCCUCUAUGCCGUCACGCUCUGGGAUGCCCUCAAAUUCGAGAUUCUUAGCGUCCAGGAAGAAGACCUGGCAGAUAAGGCUCUGGAUGUCAUAUCCGAGAUCGGAGCACAGUUAUCCGUCGGACGUCCGCAACUCGUUGCAUAUCUCCGGCCAAUAUCGAAAGAAUGCUCCGAGCACCUCGAGGACGCGCCGACGAAGCAAUCGAAAGCAGCCGGACAGAUCCUGGAGGCCGUCGCCUCAAGAACGCGAGAAUGCGCAAAUUUACUGGUGGCCCACGUCGUUCCGCAUCUCGUUGCGCUUUUCGAAGGCGCCGAUUCGCUCGCAAAGCGCCGAAGUCUGCUGGAAGUCCUGGUGCAACUGCUGAAGGCAUCCGUCAAAGUGUUUGGUGAUUGGGUAACCAUCGCCGGAAGGGGCGUGGCAGACACGCAAGAGGAUACGUACAACGCCUUUUCCGAGCACAAAGACAUUCUUGUCACAUUGCUUGUGGGUGGACAAUUGAGCGUCCCUGCGAAUGAAGUGGCAUUUAAGAAGAUUUGCCUGGAGGGAUUAGUACAGCUUUGCAUGUGUCGAAAUCUCCUCCAGGACCAAGAGAUUUCCACCCUCAUCCGACAGUGUUUAGACCUCAUCCUUGAUGAUUACGAAGGCAAAGUCGAGCUUCGUGGGCCCGCGAUCCAAGCGUUAGUCGACAUUGCUCAUCAGAAACCUCACCUCAUCAUAGACCACGCCUUCCCUCGUUUCCUUUCCCUUAUACCCGACAAUGAUACGGCCGGCGACCUUGGAUACGUUCCUGUGUUGGACGCGUUCUCGAACUUGGCUCAAGAAGCCAAAGUCUUCGAUCUUGUCAUCUUACGGCUCCGGAACAAAUUAGACGCCGCCAUCAGAGAGCAAUCUUCUUCGACCUUCCUCUGUGCGUUGUUGUCAGCGCUGUUAUAUGCGCUCACCCACACAUCCGCUUCUCUUGACGGUACUGAUGAGGACUGUCCUCUCUAUGGGCAACUGAUUUUCCCGUUACUGCAACGGGUAGGCGACGGUAGCAACCAGAGCAACUUCGCCAACAACAGAGUUUACGAGUUGGUCGGCCAGCUCUGCAACGUUGUGCUGCGCCGACAAACGUCGGCUUUCCAGAAGAAACACCUCAUCGAAAUCUACAACCCUGUGGAUGCCUUUGGAGAGUCAUCAGAGAAUGUCGAUGCCAGUGGCACCCUGCUAAAUCCCCUCAAGCUCCUCGCAUCCUCGUAUAUUGUCGCUGCCCUUCAGCGAGACGUCGUACCAAUCCAAGAUCUGAGAAAGCAUCUUUCGACCCUUUCCGACAUCGCCACAGCUGACUCUACCAGUGUCGAAGUACGUCGAGCAAGUCUGCGACAGGUCUCUCUAAUCCUAAACAAAUUCCUGUCGCCUGAUAAUGCGGAAUUUGCGGUGGACCUCUUGUGCAGUAAACCGAUCGGCGACUUCGCUGCCUGCGCGCAUAAAAAGGACUCCGCGCGACUCAUCCUGGCGUCUGUCAAGGCUCUUCUCCUCCGGAACGAACGGAAGCUUAUCCCCAUCCUACCUGAGCUGCGCAAGCUGUUGUUGGAUCCAGAGUACGGUCGCCCGGUAGCACGAGGCUUUGCCACGAUUCUCCAAUCCGACGAUUUCCUAACCAAAGAGAACCAUUGCAAAAUCUCCCCGCUCUACCGCCAGAAAGCCUUCUCCCUCAUUGUCCCUCCACUGACGACGUCCUUCAAAGAAGAGUCCGACGCUAUCAAGCGGAACUACCUUGUCGCGAUCAUGAGCAUUGUCAAGUCCCUUCCCUACUCCGUGAUCGAAUCCGACCUCCCCUCUCUCCUCCCGCUCAUCCUCCAGAUGCUCGACCUCGCGGACGAAGAAGCCACCAAAGUCGCCGCAGUCGAGACGCUGGGGUUGAUCUUAACCGAGAACUCCGCGGCGAUGGCGAGCUAUCUGAGCAGUCUGAUCCCGCGGCUCCUCAAGGCCGCGUCGUCCAAGUCGAACUCCGGCGCCGUGCGGGAGACAUCACUGCGAUGCCUUGCGAACAUCGCGGCUGCGUUCUCGGUCGAUGCGGUCAUUCCGUUCCGGAAGUCGGUGAUUAAAGAGCUGACUAGGCCGCUGGAUGAUAGUAGGCGGGCGGUGCGAGCCGCUGCGGUGAAGUGUCGCACUAAGUGGAUUGAGCUCGAUGAGCCGAAGGAUGGUGAUAUUUCCGAGUGAUGUGGUCCUGGUCUUUCGGUUGUAGAUAUUCGGAAGUUGAGACAGGCUUAGAUGUGGUCCUCUCUACUGAUUGAGGUCAAACUAGAACUACAAUCUAAUGAGCUCUUAUGCCUAUAUCUACGUUGUCGACGAAUUGAGGCCUGGGACUACAGAUAGGCUUGGUACUGGUCAUUUUCGGCCCUUGUAUCAGCGCUCUACAAGUUUUGGAAUAAGAUACUCCUGCCCGUAGCGGAGUGUAUCCAUGACCGUUGGAAGAAUUCUUCACCAUCAAAGCGAAAUGGCAGAUGGAGCAAUAACGUUUCG